UCUUCCCACACGGCAGCGGGGGACCACCCAUAUGAAUGCGAGUUCUGCGGGAGCUGCUUCCGAGACGAGAGCACGCUGAAGGGUCACAAACGCAUCCACACUGGGGAGAAGCCCUAUGAAUGUAAUGGCUGCGGGAAGAAGUUCAGCCUCAAGCACCAGCUGGAAACCCACUACCGAGUGCACACAGGUGAGAAGCCAUUUGAGUGCAAGCUGUGCCAUCAGCGAUCCAGGGACUACUCGGCCAUGAUCAAGCACCUGCGCACCCACAAUGGCGCCUCGCCCUACCAAUGCACCAUCUGCCUGGAGUACUGCCCCAGCCUGUCAGCCAUGCAGAAGCACAUGAAAGGCCACAAGCCUGAAGACGUCCCCCCAGACUGGCGCAUAGAGAAGACCUACCUUUACCUCUGCUAUGUCUGAGUCCGGGAGAGUGAAGAGAGAAAGGGUACGUGAGAAGGGUGGGGAUGGGGUGGAGAGGAGAGGUAAGGGGAAUGUAAUUGAGCGGAGAGGAGGCAUUUGGAGCUGUGGCGGAGUGUUGACAGCUGAGGAACGUCAACGGCGAGAGACUCGAAAGCAAGAGGGUUCGUUUUCUCUUUUUUCUUUUCAUGCAAAAGGGCGGCGGCAACGACCGACCGGGGGAGGUUGAAGGGCGGUUGCGGUGGGACACAAGUGCUGAGAAAAGGAAGACUUGGACAUGGAGAGAGAUUCUCCACCAUUGUUCGGAUUCACCGGGUCAUUCACUACAUCUGCAACUGUGUUAUUGUUUCGGGUCAUUUCACUCGGCACCAGACAGCAAGCGAGCUGCAAGGAAGUGACUUCUUCGGACGCUGCUGCAGCCACAGUGGCCAGAAAGCAGAUUCUCAAGGGCUACCUGAACCUGCACGAAUCUUUCACUCCAUUUUUUUUUUUUUGUCAAAAACAGAUGAAAGGAUUUUUGUGGUGUUUACCUUCGCCCCUCACAUGAAAAAAUAUCUGAAGCAUCAGAUUAGGCCAUUAUCUGAAUUUUUCUCCUUUUUUAACCAUGUUUCUCAACCAUAACAAUUUUUUCCCCGAGGCUGGACGAACACAUAUUUCGUCACCACAUCAUUUGAGUUUUAAAACAAACGUACACUCCGGUGGGAGUUUGAACUGCUUUUGUGUCAACAUGCCCCCGAAUCUUUCCCAAAAGGGAAACGUAUUAUUUUUUGUCUAAGCAGCGGGACACAGUUUUUACCAAAAAAUCUCUGUCGACCUGUCUGCACGUUAAAUCCCUCAGUUCCCAGCAGCGGUGGCAAUGAGACAGCCCUUGAGAAUCAGCAAGAGAAGAGCCCCUCGGCUUCUGCAGUAGACGAAACAGCUGAACUGGACAGGUGGCAGCAUUAAAAUACUGCAAACCAAGCAGCCAUUUGGUUGUAAGGGUGGUGGUGGUGGUGGUGGUGACGGGGGAAGCUGGUGCUGCUUUUGGUCGGAUGCCUCUCUGGUUUUUCUCACUAGUCUUCCUGGUUCUGCGUCAAACGAGGGCUGCACAAGGAGUCAUCACUGGCACCCCCCCCGCCCCCCCAACUCCACGGAGAGCUAAAGGCUAACUUGCGUCACUUUUUUCAUCAUAUAUAUAUUUUUUUUAGCUCCGCGUCAUAGUUUAUCAAAGCUUGAUUGCACAGAUAAAACAAAUGACGACAACAGUCUCUGUUUGAUGUCUGCGAGGUUGUAUAUCCUCUCAUUAAACCAUGACUUGCUACAACAGUACGCCACAAUAAACCCAAUCUACUCACCUGCUCAGCAAUAGAAGACUGGACUGCUAUUAUCAUGUGCAUUUUAACCGGAUCACUAUCAUAAUCUCACACUACACGUCCUGACACUCGAACACUCUCUAACACGGCGGAUCUGUCCAUUCACCACCACUGUGAUGGAACACAACAUUUUGGGAUAAGGCUGCUUCUUUGUUUUUUUCCGUGGGAGUCCUGUGACUUUGACUGCUCGUAGUGAAUGUUGAAGAGCUGCUGCGAUGCCUUAGCUGCACACCUGAACAGCUCUGUGGAAGGCGGUGUUGCAGGAUGAAGACUGUUAUAUGGCUGCAAAAACAUGAAUGUGAAAGACUGUAAGCCCGGUUCGUACAAAGGCUGCGUCGAAAUGAUACCGCUGUAGGUCACUGCUGCCUUUUGGUCAAAGUCGGAAAACUUUAAUUCCAACGGUAAUCCGACAUACAUCGGUCAACUCGCUGCAAUUAAGACGCGUGAUCAUCCACCAACAGGUGUUUUGAUAGGAUCUGACAGAACAGAUCACACGCUGGGGCCAUGAAGUCAUGUGGUCUUCAAAUCCAGACUUUAGAACCCAGUGAGACAAGUCUGUAUCUACCAAUCCAGUAUCAAGUAGGUUUAUUACAGAGGCCAACCAGGGGUUCGAACCUUCUUACCAUAAGAUCAUUACAUUCAAACUUAACAGUACAAUGAGACGAGGCUUUAUUUUUAAAACUAGCUGAUCUGGAAAAUGCCUCAGAAACCUAAAAAUUUCCGUUUGGGAAUUUCCGCCUGGAAAGUACGAUAUCGGCUGAAAAACUUUAAGGAAGACCAUCAGGGCUUUAAGCAAAAACACAGUUGAGAUGUUAUGAGGAUGCGUUGGUUUGCGUUGGAUGUGAUGACCUUGACACAGAAAGAAAGAUGGGAUUUGAGUCAGGGCCCUCAGCAUAAUAUAAAAAAAACAAUAUUUUUAAAAUAACUUUUAAAGCCUCAAACCGAAAUUCAAAUUUUCUCGCACUUGACGUUGGAAUUUCAGACUUUCCGACAUCCCUGAAAUGCAGCAUUAGACCUCAUGGUAUACACAGCCACAGGUAUUAAGGUCGAACCGAAGGCUUUAAUGAACAUCACCGCAUGUCACAGCGUUACCGGGGUGACCGCUUGUCCAACUGGCCGGUGGAGGAAAAAAGAAAUCACUGAUUGGACGAGAUACGGCCCAGCAGCUUAGGGGGCGACCAGUAAGACGACAGAAUAAAUCUACUCUCUCUCUCUGUGGUUUUUCGUCCCUGCGCUUUGUCUCUCGUCUCCUGUCGUUUGUUGUCGUUAUUAUUGACCUUGAGUUUGAUCUCAACACAUCGUACUUGAAUUACCUCGUUUUUGUGACCUCAUGUUGCUUGUGUAUUUUUUUUUUAAUUUUUCCCUUUUUUUUUUGUUUCAUUUGUAAAUUUUUUUUUCUCGUUCAUGCGCGUACGUCGGAAAGAUGCAUUGCACAACAUGAUGAAGCAAUGUCUACGAUGAAAAAAAUAUAAGUGCCACGGUGAAGAGAUUUGUUUUUUCUAAUGUUGUGUAUUUCUUUGUGCAUUAGUUGUUACCAAACUUGGUAUUAUUAUUAACCCUGCUUGUUAAAGAGCCGGAAGGUUUGGUCAUUUGUUAUAAAAGCUACCUCUAAGUUGUUUUAUUUUCCUUUUUUUUGCAAAAGCACAUUUUUGUGUUUGCGUUACUUCAUCAUUGCUACUUCAUCUCAUGCUUUUUUUUUUUCAAAAGUUGAUUUAUGAUUGUGUUUUUAAGCAAAAUGUAUAUAAAAGGGUAAGAAAUAACAAAAGUAGAGACUGAUAGGAUGUGAAAAAUCCUUCAUACAGAUGUUUAUUCUUCUCUUAUCGCCCCCCCCCGCAACUCCAACCAGAGAAGCGCAGAGAAAAAAAAAAACAAAAAGCAAUUCUGAAGCCUUAAGUGAUGAGUCAGAGGGACGCAGCAGAUGAGAGGAAUUUCUUUUCAAGAGGGUUUAAAGUGGAGAAUUUAAACUUGAAAAUAUGUUAAUAGAAUUGUAGUUUUGUAAUGUGAAGAAAAAAAAGAAAAAGAGGGUUCAUUGGAAAAAUGGCUGAACCUCCCAGGACAGGUCAUAUUUGCAGCGAUGCAGCGUGCGUUGGACAAUUGGAACUGCAAGCGGUAAUCAAAAAAAAAAAAAAUUAACAAAAGAAAAGAAAAAACCAGAGGGUUAAAAAUAGAGAUUCUCUCGGCUGACGAGCUCUCUUGAGAAAUGAGUGUAUUCCUGAACAAGAGCCAACAGAGGCAAUUUGAUAUAUAAAAAUUGUGAUAUUUUUGUAUUGUCAGUCCUUUUUCCAUUUGUGGAGGGUCACAGCAGGGCACAAAUAUUUGUAUUUCUUUUUUUUACCUGUUUUAUUUUUUUCUUCUCUCUGGGUGUGAAUCAUUUUUGCCUUGCUCCUCUUUGAUAUUGUUGGACAAAAAAACGUGUGUGAACAUAUUGUAAUAAUAAGUGUUGCUUUCUGGAUGUCAAUUGCAUUGUAGGUGAAGGACUAAAAAUCUAUCUGCCACAACUUUUACGAGCGUGUGUGUAUGUGACGGAGUUUAAAAAAACAAAAGAAGCAAAAAAAAAAACAAAAAAAAAAGAUGAUAAAAUACGGCGGGGGGCUGGGGGAGGGGCUGCCAAAACCGACCAAUUAGUACUUGUCAUUCACAAUUUUUCAAUCAAACUUGACUGUCGACAUAUUUUGUUUUUGUACUUGAAAAAAAAAAAAAAAGAAGAAGGGAUGGCAUGUCCCGUUGGUGUCUUGCCAUUUUAUUCUCAAACACUGUGAGCUGAGGGGGCUUUUUUCACCCUCCUUAAAAUAUCCACCCACUAUAAUAUACCCAGUCACGGCUCAGUCCGAACCACCACAAUGCAAAACCUGUGCAGUCACGUUAUUCCCAUCAUCGUCCUCUGAAUGUUUUCUACUUUUCUCGUGCGGGUGAACGAGUGCGUAAACGACUGUGUAACUAUGUGCGUGCGUGCCUGAGUGUGUGUGUAUGUGUGUGUGUGUGUAUUAGUGGAAAAAUGCACUAAUCAGAUCAGAUACAAAAUAAGAGGAUAUUCUAUGCCACUUUUUUCUCUAUGUUGGAAAAAAAAAUAUAUAUACAUUGGCAUCGAUAUAGUUCUUCCCUCAGUGUUCCUCCGAUGUUUCUGUACUAUCUUUGUGCCUAAAAUGGAAAUUGUUCAACAAAAAUAUCCAUCUAUAUCUGCUUAGUUUUCUGUAUUUUCAGAAGAAAAUAAAAAUGGUGUCUCCAGCACCCUAGGGAUGUCAUGACGCUCGAAAAAUGACCCGAUUUAGUUUUUUUGAUUUUUAAUCCUGAAUAGAGCAGGGCUUGUUUUUCAAGGCAAUAAACCCCUUAAUGCUACUGAAAUAGCAACUGGAAUUUUGCAUUCACUUCUUCCUCUUCCUGUGACUCUGCGAUUGGUUACACAAAAGCAUUUAUUUAGCGACACAAAGCAAAAAGCAUGCAAAGAAUUUUUUUUUUUUUUGCUGGAAUGCAGACGCGCAGAUCUGCUCCACUCACGUCGUCUAUUUUUUUAUUUUACAGCAACGGGUUUGCUAAUGAGAACUUUAUAUUGCUCUUGAAAAAAAUAAAGGAGGCCUCCGAUUUGGGUGGGUUGGCACUAGGGUAUUCCCGCCCCCUUCAGUUUUUUCCCCCUCUUCUUUUGAAAGUACUUUUCUUUUCUUUUCUACAAAAUGCAUUUAGAAGGGGAUGUGAAAUUCGUCAGAGAGGAAUCAUGGCAUCCCUGGAGCUGGCACUCUGUGUUUUGGUGUGGUGUUUCUAGAACAAAGUAGCCAUUUCAUGCAGUGUUGCAAUGCAUGUGCCAUCAAGGUCUAGACUAAAAACUGUUUGAGUAACAAAGCACCAAGACAUUGUAUUUUUUUAUAUUAGCACUGAGGACCAAUCGCCCUGUCGGACCAAGCAUUACUAAGCUUUUUAUGUAACGAAGCUUUUUCUCUCUUUGUCUUUCCCUGGCUUGUCUGUGCUACUUUUCUCCUCCAUUGUUGUGACAGCACAAGUGCCAGUCGAGUUGCUCUGUAUUAAGAAAAUAGUGUUUUUAUUAUGAUUUGAAUUGUUAUAGUUUUUGUCUACCUCAGCACCUAAUCUUAGCCUAAUCUUAGAAGGUGCCCAAUUAUUAUUUUUUAUUUUCUUUAUUUUGUUCUCUUAUUGUUGUCGGUUGUAUGAAUUUUUUUUUUUGUUUUGUUUUUUUGAAAUUUGCAUUAGAGCUUUGCAAAGGUCCUUUGUCUUUUCCAGCGACAAUGUGCUAUUUUUUUUUUCCCGUGGCCGUGCGUUUCCUGUUGAGCUGUGCCACCAAUCUAUAGCCACCGUCUGUUGAUAUAGAGGUUGUUCUUUUUUGUUUCUUUCCAUGUAGAAUCGGACACAUCUCUUUGUAACAUUUCAGUGUUCUCUGAUGGAGUGUGAAAAAAAAUAAAAAGGAAAAAUAAAAGAUUGAAUGCUGCAGGUUCUCUUCUCCAUGUUGUCACUAAAGUCAAUGUUGUGCCUUUGAUAGUGAAAAUAUAAAGAAUAUUUCGGUUUUUUUACAUCCUACUAACGGUAGAUUGUUUUUUGUAGUGAAAUUUUUUUGUAUUUUUAUUUAUGAGUCUCAUAAUAAAAAUCUAAUCAUGA